AUGGCUACAUUCGUCACACAUGAAAUCAUAGGCACGGCCAUUCAAAUCACUGAGAGGUAUACAGACUUGCAAGCCCGAGAUGUGGGUGCCUUUGGAGUAAUAUGCUCGGCGCGUGAUUCAGUGGCCAACCGAAUGGUUGCCAUAAAGAAGAUAGGGAAUCCCUUUGCUAGCCCUGCCCGGGUCAAGCGCACGUAUCGUGAGAUUCAUUUGAUGAACCAUCUAAGACAUGAUAAUGCAUUUGAUCAACAUGACAGAUAUUUUCAUCUCGCCAGCGGAAGACCUGUACGUGAAUCAUUCCUCUAUUUCCCAAAUUCCUUGAUACUAAACAUUUUGAAACACAGUUACCUUGUGAUGGAUUGCUGCAUGACAGACCUUCAUCAUUUGAUCCAAUCAAGGUCAAAGCCAUUGGAGGACAAGUUCAUCCAGUUCUUCACCUACCAACUGCUGCGAGGGCUAAAAUUCAUCCACUCUGCUGGUGUGAUACAUCGUGACCUCAAACCUAGCAACAUUUUGAUCAAAGACAACUGCGACUUGAAGAUUUGUGACUUUGGUCUAGCUGGUGAACAAGAUCAUCAAAUGACUGGCUAUGUCUCCACAAGAUACUACCGAGCUCCAGAGAUCAUGUUGACUUGGCAGAGAUACAGCUACGCGGUGGAUAUUUGGAGCACUGGUUGCAUCCUAGCAGAGAUGCUCCUAGGGAAAGUUCUCUUACCAGGCAAAGACAAUGUCCAUCACUUCAAACUGAUCACUGAGAUCUUUGGCAAGCCACCUAAAGGGAUAAUGGAGACAUUUUACAGCGACAUUAUGAUGGAGUUUGUGAACUCUCUACCUGAAACAGAAACCAGGUCAAUUGGAGAUACCCUGGGAGAUGUCAAUCCCGAAGCCGUUCAUCUCUUGGAGAAAAUGCUUGAUAUAGACCCACAAAAGAGAGCUACCGCAGUGGAUGCUCUAACUCAUCCAUAUCUUUCGACCUAUUCGGACUCCAACGACGAACCCGAGUGUGAGAAACAGAUUGAUUGGUCUUUGUUAGAUUCAGAAAUGACCACGGAUCAAUGGAAGACCAAAAUGUAUGUAUUUUUCCAAUCUGCGCGUAGUGGUUUGGGCUUAUCAUUCCAAGGUAUUUCGAGGUUUUGA